AUGAGGCUUUCCACAUUCUCCGUGGGAGCACUGGCUCUGACUUCUCCCGUCCUCGCCACCUUUGGCUACUCCAAAUCCGGUAGCAACUAUGUGAUUGACGCCGGCUCGUCAGAGCCGCUGGUCUUCAGCGUGAGCAGCACGAGCUGCGAUAUCAACUCGAUUAAAUAUCGCGGUACUGAACUUCAGUACAAGUCCAAGGGAAGCCACAUCUCGUCAGGACUCGGCACUGCUACUGUCAGUGUUGCUACCGUUAACACCAACUACAUCAAAAUAACCUGUGUGACCGAUACUUUGACCCAAUACAUGGUGGUUGCAUCAGGGGAGAGCAGGAUCUACAUGGCAACCUACAUCACCGCAGAGCCAUCCAUUGGGGAGUUGCGCUUCAUUACACGAUUGAAUCCUAACCCGCUGUCCGACGAGUACCCUUAUGGACCUGUUUCUACGACGGCCGGUAGCUCGUCCACCGUCGAAGGGUCCGACGUCUUCCUAGUCAACGGGCAGACGCGCUCAAAGUUUUACUCAAGUACCAGGUUCAUCGAUCGUGAUGCGCAAUGUGUCCUCAGCAGCGGCUCUGAAGCUAUUCACGCAUGCAUGCUGCAUCCGGAGCCGGGCAUGGAAAGCUCUAGCGGUGGCCCCUUUUUCAGAGACAUCGAGACAAACAACGGUGGCGACUCGACCAAUCUGUACAAUUACAUGAACAGCGGGCACACGCAGACUGAGGCGAACAGGGUCAACGUCCUGCACGGGCCGUACGUGCUAGACUUCUCGCGGUCCGGCGUCUCAAAAUCAACAGAUCUCAACCUGGCCUUCCUCGGGGAUCUAAGCAUUAUGGGGUUUGUGCCAGCUUCUGGCAGGGGUUAUGUGUCCGGCACUGCGUCUGGUGUCCCGAGUACGUUAGAGGCUGUGGUGCACUGGUACAACUCGGCGGCGCAGUACUGGGUCAAAGCCUCGACUUCGGGAUCCUUCACCUCGCCAGCCAUGAAGCCCGGUACCUAUACCAUGGUGCUGUACCAGGCAGAGUUCAAAGUUGCCAGUGUUUCGGGCGUAGCCGUCUCCGCGGGCAAGAACGCCACGCAGAACAUCGCAAGUGGCCUUAAGGCACCAAAGUCGAGUCUCUGGAAGAUAGGCGAGUAUGACGGCCAGCCCGCCGGGUUCCUCAACGCGGACAAGCAGCCGCGUAUGCAUCCGUCCGACACGCGCAUGAGCAGUUGGACCGCAGGCACGACCUACACCGUUGGGUCCUCAACGCCGAGCCAGUUCCCCAUGGCCCUGUUCAAGGACGUCAACAGCCCGGUGACGGUCAAGUUCUCUCUCGCUUCCGCGCCGGGCGCGGCAACACUGCGGGUCGCGACGACGUUGGCGUUCCAGGCAGGGCGACCACAGGUCAAGGUCAACAGUUGGAACGGGCCGAAUCCAGCGGCACCGACCAAGAUUGACAGUCGGGGGGUCACGAGGGGCACAUAUAGGGGCUACGGCGAAGUGUACGAUUUUGCGGUACCGGCGGGUACUCUGGUCAAGGGCGACAAUACCGUCGUCAUCAGUUCAUUGAGUGGCAGUUCAGGAAAGGGGUUUCUGAGCUCAAACUUCAUAUUCGACUGUGUUGAGCUCUUCACCAACUGA